CUCAAACAAACCAGAAAGAAAGAAGAUGAUUAGAUCAAUGCUUCUACAUCCUUCUUCUUCGUCAGCUACGGCGUUCUUCGGAGCUAGCGAUCUCAAUCGUUCUACGGUGUCGUGUUCGAGGGUGGGUACCACGGUUUGCUCUUCCUCUUCUUCGAGGAGCAAUUUUUACACCCCAAAUCACGAGCCUUUCAGCAGAAGCAAGAUCGAUAAAGGUCUUAAAGAGCCCUCGUUCAUAGAAAAAUGCGAGAAUGAGCUUGCAGAUUAUUGUUCGACGCUAGAGGGAGACGCAUCCUACAGCUGUUGGAGGGCGUACUUUGAUCUAAAAAAACUAGAAACGGAGUACCCAAAAGAAGAAGUAGAGAAGAUAGUUCUUCAGUCUGGGGGCGUGAAAUCUCUGAUCGAUUGCAUGCACGGAAUUUCGGCAAUGCGGAGGAAGAAGGAGAGUAACGGAGACAUGGAAUCGCGAAGACAAUCAAAUUUGGAGAAAAAGAAAGAGGAACCUUUUCCGGUGCCCGACGGAUUGCCGAAAUCACGGGAAGAGCUGGAAGAGGAAGAGAGAGCUAGAAUGCCGGAUUCGUUAUACACCAAACUCUUACGAACCAAGGGGAGGUUCCCCGCUUGGUAUUCUCCCGCCCCAGACCAUGAAACUGAUUAGU